AUGCGAGUCCAAGAUCAAACACUUCUUUACACCGAUACCAAGGCCACGAUUGACGACAUGCUGCCCAAUGUGGGUCAAUGGGAGGUGCUGAAUCUACACCAUGAGCGCUUGCCUGCCAACAAGGGAUACGACUACCAAGGCAUGCGUGCUUCUUGUACGCUGUUGAUCCAUCUACAUGAGGAUGGCGAACUUGUGCCAAUCUUUGAACCUUUGACCACUUUUGAUGCGUAUAUGCGACCUGCCAUUGACGUUCCAUACCAAGAGCCGUUGUAUGUCACAGGUGGAUGCUGCCUUCUCAUCUCUUCCUUCGCCUGCCCUCAGCCGUUAGUUCCCUUCCUUCCGCUUUUCGUGUCCAUGGUAUUGUCGUUCAACCACCUGAGCCUGUUCAAUGAACCUUUCUCAAAGUUAGAUGCCGCUUAUCCUAUUAUUCCUCUUUUGCCCACUGUUGCUAUUACAUCACCUAUGAUCACGCCCAUCCUUGACGCCACUGCUUUUGUCUCUCCUCUUCUUCCUACUACUACCACGCAUAUGCCAUCCCGUGAAGCUUCUAUGUAG